AUGCCUCUCUUCAUCAACCGGGACCAGAUCUUUGCUCACCAGGUUCAUCUGCUGGAGCACAAACUGAGGAGUAAAGAAGAGCGGAUACUGGAGCUGGAGACGGAGAAUGCUAUUCUUCAUCUGAGACUUGCAGACUGUCUGGUGAAACUACGUCACGACCAUGAAGAGGAGACCAGAGCGCUGAACCAUCAUCAUCAGCACCAGAGAGAGGCACAGAAUGAAACCCGGGCCGGCCUCACCAAACUCCUGUCUGGAGUCCAGGAGGUGAAGCAGGACCUGAGUGAGGUGUUCGGAGUGUAUGUGAGUUUUGCCGCCGAGCUGGAGGAGCAGAGCAAGCAGCUGCUGGAGAAAGUGGAGCAAGCCAGCUCCUCCACGAAAGGUCAGAGUGGAGACGAGGUGCAGGACCUGCAGGCCCGUGUUGCAGCUCUGGAGCGCUCUCUGGAGGAGGAGAAGGAGAGGUGCAGGGCAGAGAGGCAGCGGAGGCAAGAACUUCACAACACAGUGGUGGAGCUGAGAGGUAACAUCAGAGUUCACUGCAGGGUGCGACCCGUUCUGUCCUUUGACCACGUGCAGUCCUCCACCUCUGGAUCAGGUCCUGCAUCAUCUGAGGAAGUGGUCUACGCGAUCAGUGAUGACACGGUGAUGGUGAAUUGCCUCAAGACAGGGAUGCCAGUGCAAAACAAGAUGUUUGAGUUUGAGAGGGUUCAUGGACCAGAGGACUCCCAGGACACGGUGUUUGAGGAAGUCAAGCCCCUGAUUACAUCCCUGCUGGACGGCUAUAAUGUGUGUAUCAUGGCGUACGGACAGACAGGAAGUGGGAAGACUCACACCAUGAUGGGAUCAGACUCGUCAGAAGUGUCGGCAGCGGCCCAGCAGGGUAUCAUCCCCCAGGCUGCUGCUGAGCUCUUUCGGCUGAUCUCUGAGAAGCCUGCGGAGAGCCACACAGUGGAGGUGUCAGUGAUUGAAGUGUACAACAACGACGUGUAUGACCUGCUGGCUAAAGACGGGCAGGGGAACCGUGGCGACCAGCGCAGGGACGUCAUCACCACCUCCUCUGGUGCCAGCCAGGUUCCCUCCCUUACACACGAACCUGUGUGCAGCGCCUCCGAGGUGAUGCAGAUCAUCAGCAGCAUUCUGAACCUCAGGGCUCACUGUCCCACCCUGGUUCACACCGAGUCUUCACGCUCUCACCUCAUUGUUACCCUCACCAUUUCCUCCAAGAGUCCCAAUGCACUGGCCCUGGCCCGCAGGCUGCAGAGCGCCAAGAGGGACAUGCAGCGCUCCUCUCAGAAGGAGUGGUGGAGCCCACGCUGCCGCCGCGCCAACCUCACUGCCCGCUACCCGUCUGACGAGCUCCUGGCAAGCCCCGCCUACUCUCCAUGCCCCUCACCUUCCCUUUCGCCGUGUCCCUCCCCCAGACCCAGUAUCUCACAGACUCCAUUCAGGACCAAGCUGCAGCUGGUGGAUCUGGCAGGGAGUGAGUGUGUCGGUAUGUCUGGAGUGACGGGCGCUGCUCUGUGGGAGGUGUCCUGUAUAAACCGCAGCCUCUCCGCCCUGUCUGACGUCCUGGGAGCUCUGGCCGAACAGAGACCACACAUCCCUUACAGGAACAGCAAACUGACCCAUCUACUUCAGGACGCCAUAGGGGGCGAUGCCAAGCUGCUGGUGAUGCUGUGCGUCUCUCCAACGCAGCGCUUCGUCACCGAGUCGCUGCAGUCCCUGGGAUUGGGCACGCGUGCACGCCAGGUCCAGAAGGAGCUGCCGCGACGGAAGAGUAACACACUCAGAGUUAAGUGA